CCUUUUGGAUUCACCGAAGAAACAGCCAUUGAACAGGCUAUACAACUUAGCCUGCAGCAACAUGGAGAGGACAAGGAACCACUAAUUGUUGCCCAACCAGAAGAAGUAGAAAUUUCCAGUGACCAGUUUACGGAGGUAAUGAAGUCACACGCCAGUAGCCAAAUAUCUGGUGAACACCGAAACAUAGUAGUGAGCAGGGCCUCCAUAUGGACAACAGCUUUGCCAUACUUCAAAAGGAAAAAAUUUGCUGGAGGCAAAGGCUUGAUACACGUCACAUUUGCAAAUUUUGAGGAAGAGGAGGAUGCGAUUGACUUGGGUGGCCCAAGGCGUGAGUUUCUACACCUACUGCUGGGUGCUAUCUGUAAAGAUAGCAAAACUGUCACAGGUACCGUAUCUUUGAUGUCAACUUUUGUUUUCCAUCUUUUUCAUCCAAUUCAUGAAAUGAUGUUUAUGUUUGAUUGAUUCCAUCUUCUAAAUAGUGCCAUGAAAGUAAUUUUAUAAUUUAAAGGUUAAAGGUCUUUAUACCUUAAUAAGAGUGAUAGGCAUUACCGGUAGCUUUUUUGGGGUCGGGGCGGGGGGAGGUGGGGGGAGAGGAAAUUAAUAAGAGCUUUAACAAUAGGCAAUUUGCAUUACCAAUGUGAGACAAUGUUAGUGAUAAAAUGUAACAUAACAACAAUUUUUUUUGUAGCAACUCCCAAAGGCCAUGUCAUUCGUUUCAAUGUAAAGGCAUUGAGAGAGAAUGAUUACUACAUUGUUGGGUUGAUGCUGGCAACUAUUAUCUUACGAGGGGGUGAACCGCCGAACAUAUUCAGCCCUUCAAUUUGUCAGUACAUUACAUUGGGCUUGGAAAAGUACGCUCCAACCAUUGAAGAAAUUCCUAAUGCACUUGUCAGAACGUCUCUAUUAAAGGUAUUAUUGUGUCAUCAUAGUAUUGUUGUUAUUUGGACAAGUAUGAUAACGUGA